CCGGCCUAGACGCAUCGGCCGAUGACCAUGAGCCCCUUGCUAGUAGCCCUUUGCACAGCUGAGGCCUCGUCUUGAUUGCAAACAUUGCAACGACUUUCCAGGCCAACUCGCCCGCGCCAUCCGCCGUACUAUUUAUCAUCGACUGGUGGUCCGGUAGCAGUCGUUCGACGGGCCAUGGCUCUGCGAUGGGAAUGGGGACAGCAAGUCGUAGUCUGGUGAGCCACACACAGACAGGAUGGAUCAAAGGAAGACGGUAAGGCUGAGGAACAAAUCCAGGGUCCAGCCAGCCAGCCAGCCCCGAUCGGCACAUUGCAAGCGAUCGACGUCCUCUUCAUCCUCUUCAUCUCCCCUAGCAGUUGUCCACAGUUCUGAUUCGUACCAUGUCAUGGCUCCGCUCGCAUUUCAAUCGCUGGGACCUUGCUUAUUGGUGGCUGGGGGAUGCGAUCUCGAUGACUCGCAGCCAUUCUGGGAUAGCUCUACGUCAUAUCCUCCAUGCGCUAUUGCUCGGGUCUAGCCAUCCACGCAGGUGGGGAAAUAGUGCGCACACCAAAUGCUUUGGAGCUCGUCCCAGAAAUAUUAAAGUACAUACAUACAUCAAUUGUUGGUGGAGUAGACAAUCAGUGAAAGUUGAAGUGAUAGUGGACGUCAUUUUUGGCGUAUCUGGUGUGCGCACGAUUUUUCUCCACCCGCGUGGCAUCAUCCAACUUGCUCUUGCCCGUAUCCCACGCGCCAACCACCACGCGACUUCUUUGGUUGGCCGGCUCUGCCCACCGAGAGACACCGUCUGUGUUUUGAAUUGUGCAUAUCGGCAUCAGCCAUCUCGAUACAUCCAUCUCAGAUAUCCGCACCUACCUGCUGUAUGA